AUGGAUCGCGAUAUGGACUCGGCGCCGGACAGCCGUAUCCAUGAUUUUGAACCUGACAAGUGGCAACGAGAUGUCUUGGACCAGAUCGACGCCAAGAAGAGCGUGUUUGUUGUUGCCCCGACUAGCGCGGGAAAGAAGUUCAUCUCCUUCUACGCCAUGAAACAGAUUCUGGAAGACGACGACGACGGGAUUCUUGUCUAUGUGGCACCGACAAAGGCCCUGGUAAACCAGAUCGCCGCAGAGGUUCAAGCGCGAUUCUCAAAGUCGUAUCCGAGUAAGUUCAGCGGCAAGUCAGUGUGGGCUAUACAUACUCGCGAUUACCGCAUCAACAGCCCUGUUGGUUGCCAGGUGCUCAUUACUGUGCCGCACAUUCUCCAGAUUAUGCUACUUGCGCCGGCCAAUGCCAAUUCUUGGUCAUCCAGAGUGAGGAGAAUCAUCUUCGACGAGAUCCACUGCAUCGGACAGGCGGAGGACGGCGUUGUGUGGGAGCAGCUUCUACUGAUGUCACCGUCUCCCAUCAUCGCCCUUUCUGCUACCGUGGGCAACCCUCAAGAGUUCUGCAACUGGUUAAGCCUAACUCAGAAGGCAAAUGGUGUCGACUUGAAGAUGAUCGAGCAUCGGCAGCGAUACUCGGACCUCCGCAAGUAUAUCUAUCAUCCGCCGGAGCAGUUCUCCUUCUGUGGGUUGUCGGAACCUCGGCAGAUGCCUCCUCUGGGCCUCGAAGACGUGCCUGGCUUGGCUUUCGUCCACCCAGCUGCCAGUCUUGUGGAAAGCUCAAGAGGCAUGCCAGACGACCUGAGUUUUGAACCGCGGGAUUGUUUGAUGCUUUGGAAGGCUAUGAAAAACCACGAGACCCCAGAGUUCCUUGUGGACAGAUCGCUGGAUCCAACUCUUUGCCUCCCUAAGAUUGUUCGCAAGGCAGACGUGGUGCGGUGGGAAACAAAACUCAAGGCUCUGCUGACAGAAUGGAUCAUAAACAAUGCGUCGCCGUUCAACCUGGUCUUAAAUGAAUUGACGGAAUCCGCAGAAUGUGUAAGGCCCACACUAGUCACAUUUUCCAAGGAACCACGUACGGUGGGCGCACCAGUUUCAAUUGAUUUUGACAAUCUUCUCAGCACUACACUUCCCCUGGUUUGCUCAUUGCACAAUCAGAACCCACUGCCUGCGUUAUUCUUCAGCUACGACCGGAGCAUGUGCGAACGCAUCUGCCGAAGACUGCUCGACGACCUCGUGGCUGCCGAAGAGAACUGGAAAGCAUUGAGUCCGGGUUGGAAGAGGAAGCUGGCAAAGUGGGAGGAAUGGAAAAGAGAUCAAGAAAAGCUCGCUAGGAAGCGGAUGCCUAAGGCUUCCAAGAAGGGUGCCGCGGAUGGCGACGACAUGUCUCGCGCAGAACGCAUGCGCGAAGCUGCUUUGGCAGAGGCAAGUCAGUUUGAGUCAUUCAGUCCCGAUGCCCCCGUGGAUGGCUUUCAUGUGGCCAACGUCAAGAAACUGUCCGCUUCCACCUUUGAGGAGUACGCGGUGCAGCUUCGCCGACGUGAAGUGGCCAAAUGGCUGAUUACGGCGCUGCGACGGGGGAUCGGCGUCCAUCAUGCCGGUAUGAAUCGCAAAUACCGUCAAGUUUGUGAGAUGCUCUUCCGCAAGGGGUACCUGCGCGUUGUCAUAGCCAAUGGGACACUGGUUCUGGGUAUCAACAUGCCGUGCAAAACGGUGGUCUUCUCUGGUGAUUCAAUCUUUCUGACCGCGCUCAAUUACCGCCAAGCUGCUGGUAGAGCCGGUCGUCGAGGGUUUGACAUGCUCGGAAAUGUCAUUUUCCAGGGUAUCCCCCAUGCCAAGGUCUGCCGUCUGAUUAGUUCGAGACUUCCACAUCUGAACGGCCAUUUCCCAAUCACUACCAGUCUGGUACUCCGGUUGUGUACCCUUUUGCAUGAGUCGAAGAAUGCGCCUUAUGCUGUUAAAGCGAUCAAUUCCAUUCUGUCCUGCCCGCGGAUCUAUCUGGGCGGACCCGAAAUGAAGGAUACCGUGCUCCACCACCUGCGAUUCUCAUUGGAGUACCUUCGACGUAACGACCUUCUGGACUGCAAUGGAGCACCCUUGAAUUUUGCAGGAUGUCUCAGUCACUUAAUUAGUCACAAGCUCAAAACUACGCUGCUAUCGCUGAUGCUCGUUAUGUGUCACUUGUUCGGCCGGCCGUAUGUUCGUCAGGCUAUUCUCGAACAGAUCCAAAGCAGGACCAGAAAAUCGACUUCUAUUGUUGUCCUGCCUACUAUGCCGAAGAGAGCGGUAAACAUUCUGCGGACGCACAACGAGAAGACGCUCGAUGUGUACAAGGCCUAUGUCGCCACUUUUAUUGAGCAGCACGUCACUGAACCCGACCGCAUUCUUCCAUUCACGAAUACCAAAUGUGGAGGCAACAAGUCAUCAACGGAGCUGGGUAUCCUGCCGUCUGCUUCCACGCGAAGGAUCCGCAUUACUUCUCCAUUUCACGCGUUGUCAGGGCACGGCGACAAUUGGAGCCAAAUCUCGGAGCUCUGUAAAACCGUUCGCAGCGGAGUGUGGCUUGAAGAAGCCGUCGUUCCAUACAUGGGUGUGAACCCAAACGAACGUGCGCCUCUCAAUGCCUAUCUGUACGACUUCUUCAAGCAUGGCAACGUCCGUGCAUUGGAACGAGAAAACGCUGUCCGCAAGGGCGACACCUGGUUCGUGCUCAAUGACUUCUCGCUCAUACUUGCGACGAUCGUGGCGAGUUUGGAAAACUUCCUGAAACUGACACCUGGCACUGAACUUGACAUGUUGGAUGUGAUGGGUGGAGGCGAAACUUACGAGAUGGAGAUGGAUGUCAACAAGGAAGACGUGGGAACGGCAACGUCCACACAUAAAGCCAGGUAUCAACAGUCCAGAAAUAAUUUGACUAGUCCUGUAGCUCCAACGCCUUCGAAUGCUCAGGAAAUGAGAGUGGCGGAGAAUUGGGAUGACGAUUUGGGUGAUGGAACCGGAGAAACCAAGGACGGCACCGAAGAUGCUUCGAAAUGUCUAGAUGAUGCCUUGAAGCUGGCCAGGGAAGCAAAGGAGAAAGAGAAAGCAAGUAGGAGGAAAGACCGGGCGACACAAGGCAUGAGUGAAGGACCUACAGAGCCUGCCGACAAGAAGGUCAAUUCCGCUACUGAAAAUGACGGGGAUGAUCGUAUUCUGUUAGUGUUGAAGGCUUUCAAGAUGCUACAGAACGAGUUCAACGGGAAGUUCAGGGCCAUGUGGGCAUAG